UAUAACGAAAAUGGGACACUUGAAGCCAAGCAGUUGCCUAUUGGCCAUAAUUUUAUGUUUGAUAUUCAAUACAAAGCAUCUUUCGGUACAUGGCGAUGCCUCACACAUUGAGUCAGCUGCCUUGCCAUUGGAACACAGAGCCGGCUAUGGCCCACCGGCGCCCAUUUAUGGCGCUCCACAAGGACCUCUCAGCACUGGAGCCACCAACGAUCUGUCCGAGGAGGCCUGGCCGCUGGCCACCACCAAUGACAGUCCACAGAUUAAGCAUCUGCAGGUGCAAUGCGAAAAGACACACAUGAGAGUGAACAUUGAGUUCGAUCGUCCCUUCUAUGGCAUGAUCUUCUCCAAGGGUUUCUAUAGCGAUCCCCAUUGUGUGCACCUGAAACCGGGCACUGGUCAUCUGAGUGCCACAUUUGAGAUAUUCCUAAACAGUUGCGGCAUGACCAGCUCGGCAAAUCAUAAUGCAGCCGGCUAUGGUGCACCAACUCCAUCGGGUAGCUAUGUUGAGAACACAAUUAUCAUUCAGUAUGAUCCGUAUGUGCAGGAGGUGUGGGAUCAGGCACGCAAAUUGCGUUGCACUUGGUACGAUUUCUAUGAGAAGGCUGUUACCUUUAGACCAUUCCAAGUGGAUAUGUUGCAUGCCGUGACGGCCAACUUCCUGGGUGAUAAUCUUCAGUGCUGGAUGCAAAUUCAAGUCGGCAAAGGACCAUGGGCCUCUGAGGUGUCGGGCAUUGUGAAAAUUGGACAAACCAUGACCAUGGUGUUGGCCAUCAAGGAUGAUGAGAAUAAAUUCGAUAUGCUGGUACGCAAUUGUGUGGCCCAUGAUGGCAAACGUGCACCCAUACAGCUGGUGGAUCAGAACGGUUGUGUUGUACGUCCAAAGAUUAUGAGUAAAUUCCAGAAGAUCAAGAACUUCGGACCCUCCGCCUCGGUUGUCAGUUUUGCCUACUUCCAGGCCUUCAAGUUCCCCGAUUCAAUGAAUGUGCACUUCCAAUGCGUGAUCCAGGUAUGCCGCUACAAUUGCCCCGAACCCAAGUGCGGUCCUGGUCUACCAGGCGGUGAAUACGGUCUACCACAAUUGGGCGGUAAUGGCUUGUCCGAGGAAUACGGCCCACCCGAAGCCUACGAACGCAACGAUUUCGCCCUUGGUGGCGGCGGAUUGCCCCCAGCAGCAUAUCCGGAUCCACGUCAUCCAGCAUCCGAUGCCACUGGAGCAUAUUCUGAAAAUCAACCAGAUGUUGUGCCCUCUCCCCAGGCUCAGACUUCGUCGGCAGUGCCCACAGCCGAUUCAGCAUCUGGAGCACCAUCCGGACCGGCCAGCUCGCAGAGCCCCCAACAGGCACAGGGCAAUAGCAAUGAAUUGGGCCUGCCACCACCACCACUACCAGGUCAACCUGGCCAAUAUAGCACCGUGAAGCGUAAGGAUGAUCUCAGUGCUGGCGGUAAUCUUGUCUCUCUGGGUGGAAGACCACGUUCAGUUGAGGGUCUGGAUGAUUUGCGCGGCGUGCGCCGACGUCGUGACACCAUCGACAUUGUGGUGAAGCCGCAACGCAUCUACAAACGCAAUGCCCAGGAGAUGACGGACGUGAACACCAGCCGCAUCAUUCAGGUGGUGGCGCCAGGCGAUGUCAAUUUUGCAUUGAACAGCAAUGCCAGCAAUGAGACGGUGGUUAUUCAAUCGGCACGCUCCGCCGAUGCCGAGACCAUUUGUAUGUCGGUGCCGAGCUUUGUUGGUGGCCUGGUGAUGCUAUUACUUGUCUUGGCUGUGGCCUCUCUAGUCGCCGCCUUCCUCUUUGUGCGUGUGCGUCACUUUGAUCGCAAGGGAGCCGGCAUGGCCUAUGUCAACUAAUUGAUUGGUAUCCACUAUUGAAUCAUCAUCAUUAUUUCAGCAUCGACUGAGAAGGACAGCGACAACAAACACAACAAGAAAGGACGAUAACGACUACACAAGGACGACAAGGACGACGUGGGACGAUGACGACGAACGGCGUGAACAGAAAACCAAAUCAGUUUUAUGUGCACUUCAUCCUCAACCAUCCAGCACCUCACCAACCAAACACCAAUUCUACCAGCACCUAUCCCAAUAAGCUUCUGCUUAACUAUUUAUUUAUUUCUAU